AAUCUAUCUACAUUCCACAUCCAACACACACUCACACAACACAAAAACAGAAGAACAAGAAGCAAGAACUCACAUUCAGUGAGUCAGUGAGUCUCAGAGAUGGCAUCAACUGCCUGUUUCCUCCACCACCAUGUGCCCACCACCACCUCCAAGACUCCGGCGCAUCGUCUUCUACCGAACCUCAAGUCCUCGCAGUUGGUGUGCAAGGCUCAGAAGCAGGAACCUGAAAACAAUGCAACAGUUUCACGCCGAUUAGCACUCACCAUCCUCAUUGGCACUGCUGCCGUUGGCUCCAAGGUCUCCCCGGCUGAUGCUGCCUACGGAGAAUCUGCUAAUAUCUUCGGCAAGCCAAAAACAAACACCGAUUUCUUGCCGUACACUGGGAGUGGAUUCCAGGUGCAGGUACCAUCGAAAUGGAACCCGAGCAAAGAGGUGGAGUUCCCUGGCCAGGUGAUGCGAUAUGAGGAUAAUUCUGAUGCACUCAGCUAUCUUUCAGUAAUAAUACAACCCACAGACAAGAAGGCCAUCACUGACUAUGGCACACCUGAGGAAUUCAUCUCCCAGUUUGAUUAUUUGCUAGGGAAGCAGAUUUUUGCUGGCAAGACACAGGCUGAGGGUGGAUUUGACAAGGAUGCUGUUGCCACCGCAAACAUAUUGGAGUCUGAAACAGCAGACAUCGACGGCAAGAAAUACUACUUUGUCUCAGUAUUGACAAGGACAGCUGACGGAGAUGAGGGCGGGAAGCACCAGCUUAUAAAAGCCACUGUAUCAAAUGGAAAGCUUUAUAUCUGCAAGGCACAGGCUGGAGACAAGAGAUGGUUCAAGGGAGCUAGGAAGUUCGUUGAGAGCUCUUCCAGCUCCUUCAAAGUUGCCUAAGAAUUAAUGUGUGUGUGUGUGUGUAACACUGUGCGCUCUAUUGUUGUCAACUAUGUGAAUGCUAUUAGUGCAAUUGCUUUCUAUUGUAAACAUGGAAGAGGGACGGUCACUGGUAAGAGUAUGGCAGUUUGGUAUUUCAGGAAUGUUAAUAGACCGAAAAUCUCUGUUUUGUA